UUGCCAAGGAGAAGUCGGUAGUGCACUUUUCGCGCCACGGCCGACCGCAAUCUAUACCGUUCACUUGCUCGCGAAUAAAAAUUUCGAUUCGGCGUAUAAAAGAAGCGAAAAGACGCGAUUAUUUCUUGCCAGGGGGGCGCGUGCGCCCUUGCGGGGGAGCGUCGGUCGGACGAGCACCACCGUGCUGGAGAUCAGCUGAGGAAAACACCAACCACUUGGUUGUUAUUGCUGCUGAACGAAACGUGUGAUCCGAAGCCCCUACGAAGAUGCUGUGCCGCCUCACCUUAUGCCUGCUGCUCUACCUGUUCAACCUACACCUUGCCUCAGGUGAACUUCUCAGUCGUGAGCACAAAACGUACGCAGCGUCGGAGAGAGCAAACAACUUGACCUGCUAUAGUUGUAGCUCCCUUGAGGAUGGUGAAAAAUGUGCCAAUAUAACUUUAAACUCAUCCCGCGAAGAGUUAGAGAAAUUCGCAAGAAGUUGCCCCGACGAUAUGAGGAUAUGCAUAGUCAAACGCAUUUCUUACACGACCAGCAACGAGAACUCGACCUCGACGCCGAAAAUGUGGUCCCUGGAGAGGAACUGUUCGAGCAAAUGCGAGCCAGGCUGCAUAGUGAUCGGGGAACGCACCAAGUUGUACGCGUGCACAAACUGUUGCGACACAAAGCUGUGCAACGUGGGCAAGGCCACGGCCUGCAGGCGGCCGGCGGCCAGUCUGCUGCUGCCCACGCUGGCGACACUGCUGCUCUUUCCCGUCUGACCCCAUUUGAAUACACACUAUACUGACUAAAAUUAUUUUAUUAACAAAAUGCGCCAUCACCGAAACGUCGUUCUUCCCGUGUUCCAAAGUAAAGAAAACGGUUGUUGCGCGAGUUCAUGCAAUUCUAAAUGGCGGCUUUGCAUUGCGACCGUUUCCUGUUGGGCUUGAAAAGUCCGAAUCUCUUUGUUUUACACCCUGGACCAACAAAUUAGUUUCAGUGGACACAAUCAAAACAAAUUAAGCAAUUGGAAUCAAUGACCUGCAGAUGACUAAUUUCAUCCAAUCCGAUUUUAUACACAAAAAGCACGAAUUUACUACUUUUAAAUCAAACCGAAAAUGUAGCCAAAUGUGUUGAGUUAAUCUUUACAGUUUAUGCACAAACUUAGUGAUCAUUAGAUAGCAGAGGUCUCGUUGCCAGCCGCUAGAUUGUAGCUCAGCGGCUGGCCUCUUGAUUUCAGUAAGUUGAAAAAUGUUCCAAAGCCAAAUUUUAUAGAGCUUACUAUAACUAGCCCAAAGACUUUAAAGAAAGAUUUAAGCCAAUUUCUUUUUUCAUCCUUUUGUCUUGCGGCUGGAAGCUGACUGCAUGAUAAAAUUGGCGGCUGGCUGAGUGAGAUCUCAAGAAGUUUGAUAAAUGUUAAAUUAAAUAUAUAUACGAAUUCAAUUACUACCACGCAUAAUGUUAUGAAUUAAGAAAUUUAUUAAUAAUAAUCAAAAUACAAACUUAAAA